GGACCGUGUUUUGGAACUUUUGGAAAGUUUAUCUUGCUUAAAUUUGGGGAUAUAACCAGGGACGAUGAUUUUCUGCGGCAAUUAAACCAAAAUUAUGUCGUCAUUAAUUCGCAAUUUGAUAAUUCUGCGAUUUGA